UCACGGUUCUUAUGGUACCAAACCAACCGACCUUGAUUUUUGUUUUUGUCUUGUCUUUGCUUUCAUAAUCAGAAAUUCAGAUAAUAUUAUAACUCCAUUAAUUAAGUAGUAAUGUUGAAGUUUAACAAGACAUUUCUUAAUUCGUCAUCAUUAUAUCUUACAUAAUUCAGCCCAAUUUUUUCAAUAGACUGAAAUUCCUUGUUUUCUUUCAAUCUUCCAAUUUCUGUUGUUUUCUGAAUCUUCCAUAUUGACGUUUCGUAUGAAUGAAGGAAUGUAAAAAGCAAAACCUCUUACCAUUAUUUAUAAUCUAAUAAAUUCUGUUAUUUAACUCAUAUCAAAUUAAUUUUAUUAGGAUCGUUGGAAAAAGGUCAAGGAUCAAGCACCAUGCCGGCAGCCAAUCUAAAUAUAGCAGUUGUUUGUUCCAGCAACAUGAAUAGGAGUAUGGAAGCUCAUGCGUUUCUAAGCAAAAAGGGCUUCAAAGUCCGCUCAUUUGGAACUGGUGACAAGGUGAAAUUACCUGGAACUGGACCCGACAGGCCAAAUGUAUACGACUUCAGUUGCACCUAUGAUGAAAUCUACCAGGAUCUCUUAAACAAAGACAAAACUUUUUAUACUCAAAAUGGACUACUCAACAUGAUUGACAGAAAUAGGAGGAUAAAGCCAAAACCAGAAAGAUUUCAGCUGUGUAAAGAAAAGUUUGACAUUGUCGUUACCUGCGAAGAGAGAGUUUAUGACCAAGUAGUGGAAUAUCAAUACUGGAGACUACCGUAUGAAAAUGGUUGAUGAGGUUGGACAUGUGGCUUUGUUGUGAUUUAAUAAGUUGUUGGAAGCAGCAGGAAUCAGACAUAAUUGCGCCUUAAUGCUGUUGUAUUGUUAAGAAAAAUGUUUUCGGGCAUUGAGGGAUUUCAUACCCCCGAUUUAAAGAAUAAUGAGAUCGUAAUCUAUUCAUCGUUAUUUUUUUCACAUGAAAUCCAGGUGUCUUUGAUUACACUAUUCACAUAACACUUGUAAUUUGUUAAUCGAGAAAAGUUUGCUUCAAACUCCAUUGCUGUUCUGAUUUGGAUGAUUAUUUUACUCAUACCUGAAGCAUUAAUGCUGCAGUGAUAUCAUGUUUAAUUGAUAAUUUAGUCGGUUCUGAACAAACCUGGACUAAUAACUGGACGAUUUCAGUUGUGGAAGAUUGCAUUAACUGUAUCUAUUCUAACAAAAAUUGUCAAUGAUAGUCAAUUUGAAAAUUACGAGGGCAGUUUGGAAAGCUUCCGACCUAAGCUUGAAGAUGACAACACUCGUAAACAGAUCUGGUGUAUAGUUACUGAAAUGUGUGCCAUUUUGAAUGCAUAGUAUUUAUGUUAAUAUUGUUCGAGUAAGUCGAUGUUUGCUCACUACAGACCAAAACUUGUUCAAUUUAAACUCUGUUGGCGCAGUUUAGGCACCAAUUUAUUUCUUCAGAUAAUAUUCGAGUCCGUUACUUACCAUUCAGAACUGAAAUUCGUGGACUGUUUAGGAGUACAACUUGGGUCUUUAAAAUAAAUACUACGCCUCCAAAAUGGUUUAAUUUUUAGUGCCUAACUACAAAAUAUGACUAAGAAGAUCUUGUUCAAUAGGUUGUCAUCUUCAUGGUUAGUUCGGAAACAUUUAAAACUGCCUUCGUAUAGGUAGGCUACUAUAUAGUGACUAGUAAGCCACUCAAUAUGGCAUGGUUUGUCAAGCUUUACCCUUGUUACUUCAAGUUAAUUCCAGUCAGUCUCUCUUGGUAAACCGUGAAAUUUCAGAAGUUUUCUCAAGUAUUUUUCUAGUAUUCUACGAUGAGGACUUCUUGGAAGAAUAUAAUUAUGGAAAAUAAGGCUUGAUAAGAAGUUACUAUACUACAUUCUAUUUGUUGAUUUUCGCAAAUUUUCACUCUACUACAAAUUGGAAAUUCAGGAGUAGUAUUUCUCUCGAGAAUUUUUCAAUAAAUAGCCUUAACUCAAAGAGGAUGUUCCACCUUUAAACCAGUCCUCACUCAAAAAUGGCCAAAUCAUCUUAAAAUGAAAAAUGUCUGAAAUAAGAGUAGGGCCAAUGAACCCAAUAACUCAUAUUAACUGAAACUUUGUAUAAUUGAAUGGCCACUUAUGUUGAUGAAAUUCAAGUAAAUGCUACAUAAAAUCGAUAGAAAUGAUCUCUGACAAAUUCCACAAAUUUAGAGAGAUAAUGCUCUCCAUGCUAUAUGCGACUUUAUUAAGAAUCCACUCUAUUACAAUCGAAUAUAGUUUUGAUGCAAAAUAUAGGAUCCAAAAAUUUUCAAUAGGACCUAGAUAUGGAUCUAGAUAGCUCCUCCGCACAGAUUUGAGGGAUUUCAACCUCCUGAUCCCUCUCAAACACCUGGAUCUCAGUGAGCGACUGAUUAGUCUUUCAAAUUUAGGUUUUAUUACUCUCGGGCCCCUCUUAAUGUUCUGAUGGUUGUGUAACAGUUAUUGUCAUAAUCAUUGAACGAUGAGUGAUUUUUUCAAGAUACUUAUGUACAUUUUAAUGUUAUGUUUUAUAGUUUUUGACAAUUAUUUAUUGACUUUUAUAGGGAAUUCUUGGAGAAAUUUUCAGUCUAUAACUUCUAAAAAUAUGGAUUUAUUUAGAUGAUCUAUCAUAGACAAGCCUUAUUGUUCUAAUCAAUAUUUUAGGAAUAUCCUAGUCUUAUUCAAAUAAGCAUUUAAAAGGCGUUCCAAUGUCAUAAUAAGAGGUCAAGCUUUGGCCAAAACUCAAUUUUUCAUCAAAUUUUGUCCAUCUUUUUAAUGAUAAUGAUUUAAUCAAAUCAGAAUUAAAGCUCAAGAUUUUUUUUCAAUAUUAGUUCAAAGGCCUGGAAUAUUUUCUAUCUAUCAACCUUCCAAAUUUGAAAUUGUAAAUUUACUUUCAGUUAUCCUUUUCUGAGCGCAAAUAGUUUUGCACAAUAAACAUGAAUUACUUUAGAAAAUCAUUUCAAUUGAAUUUUUGAAGCAGAAGUUUUAGGGUAAUGUAAGGAUUUUACAUGUUCAAUGUUAGGUGACACUAGAAAGAAAUGGCUGUUUAGAGAGCAUAUUGUUAGAACGUUAUUCAGAGAAAGUCCUUAGAUGCUCUUCGUUCUAGAGCAAGGUAGAGGAUUGAUUCUUUACCGUCCGUAUAACAUGAAUUAUACAAAUAUAAUUUUACGGAUGAAAUUUCUAUUGAUAGAUAUAAUUGUUCAUUAGUAGCCGUACCAUUGUAACCAUUCUAUAUACAUAAAUUACAUUCUAUAUUGUAUAAAUCACUAAAUUGACGAUUCUAUACUCUGAUAAGAAUAUCUGGGAAGCUUUUCAAAACAAAACUAUCCAUUUCAGACUCUUUCAUGAAUAAAAAUUACCUUUUU